AUGCUAUUAGUUUCGUUAUUUAUCAAUAACCAUUAUGAACUGGCUACAGCACGCCGCGGAGGAAUAAAAAGCUGGCAACUCAAAACGAUUGAAUUUGGAAUGGAUCACCGUUUUAACCUCAGCGCCAGUUUCUGGAAUCUUUAUGCUGCCCUUUUUGAAAAUGAACUGUUUCGAGACCGUCCUAAAGACGUGGCAGGGAACCUCAAAGAUGAGGAAUACCUGCACGAGGAUUGGACUAGAAUGAAGGGGGUUGUAGUGGGCGUGCUCAUGAAGACACCAUCUCCAGAAGAUUUCAAAGUAGGCAUUACCGACUGUUUCACGCCCUACUUCAAAGACUUGGCUCCAUGCAUGGAGGAGCUACGUCAGUUGAUCUUUCUUCAGUCAAUCCAUGGAUCCAAACCCACGCAUAAAGCUGUCAUUGCGAUUCUGCGUAAACACAUGCUUAACCUUCCGGACGACGAUAAAUGGUCUUGGAAAAACGAUUCUGCAUGUUAUGGCCGAGUCGGUGGAAAGCGAAACCUGGAGAUAUUCCAAGAAGAAGAGAAAGAAUCAGAGGAAGAGCCCCUCGAAACGUCGCCUUCUGCAGGACGAAUGAAACGUGUAAAAACUGCACCAUCGAGGUUAUCUACAACUAGUACAAUGCGGUCAAUCAGCAGCCAAACAGUGAAGACCCAGCUUGCUUAG